GGGUCCGGAGCCGGGGCGAGGGCGAGGGCGACGACGGCGGUCAUGGGGUCCGGCACCUGGCGCAAGGCCUACGGCGCCCUCAAGGACUCCACCAAGGUUGGCCUCGCCAACUUCAACAUCGAGUACAAGGAUUUGGAUAUCACCAUCGUGAAGACGACGAACCACGUGGAGUGCCCGCCCAAGGAGCGGCACUUCAGGAGGAUAGUGUUUGCGAACUCGGCAAAUCGCCCGCGGGCCGAUGUCGCCUACUCCAUAUGUGCAUUGGCCAGGAUGUCCAAGACCAAGAGUUGGAUAGUGGGUUCCUUGUUUGUGUAUCUUGGUAGUAGUUCCUUGUCUGUUUAUCUAUGCCGAUUGAUAAUCCUUGAUUCAAUCAUCUACACAAGGUACAACACAGAUGAAGGAUUGCUUGGCUGUUCGUGGCGGCCGUCGCCGGCUGGUUGAUCGUCCUCACAGCUGGUGUCCAUCGAGGUCGUUGACUCCUCUGUCCGCCUUUGUUGCUCCCGCUGGUCUGAUCGGCCUCACAACAUGUAUCAUAUUGCAGUUUAGAAACGUAACUACAUAAGGUACUCCGUGAACAUUGGUACACCUUUAUUUUUCUGCUAAAUUGUUCCGGAUCACAUAAUGCACACCAUGAGCACUCAGGCGAAGUUAUUGUGUGCCAAGUUCACCUAUUUGUUAUUGUUUCCAUACUGACAUGCAUGCCAGAGUCUCCAUCCACAAAGUUAUAGUUUUAUUGUGCAAUUAAAUGUGUUUGAUCGUGGAUGGCAUUUCUAUGUACUUCAUAAUGUUUAGUAUGUUUGAACGAACCCGAUCACAUUUAAUUUGUCUUAGCAUAUUGCUUUACUCAUAAGAUUAUCUCUCCUUCCUAAUGAGCUAAUGGUGAAAGGGAGAAUCUUUUUCUGAAAUGAAGCAUUAUUCAGGGUAGAGAAUGUACGGAGGUGCAUCCUUUUGAAUUUGAGAAUAUUUACAAUUCACCCACUUGCAGCUAUGGCCUUGACCUAGCAGUGAAAAGGGUUUGAUGCCCUCGCCAGCAGAGGUGGUCGCGACGGUGUGCCUGAGUGUACACAUCACCAUCCUGGUGGAUGAGAAGCAGGCGUACAACAGCAGGAGGAUAAUUCACUCAGGACAAGAUCGGUUACUUAAAUUGUUCAUCAACAUGGUCUUGCAAGUCGUUGAAUCAUGUUCCGUCACCUCUGCUUACUGUCACUCUUAAGGCAAGAGGACCUUUUCUAAAUGUAUUCCAGUAUUGUUGAGCCUCUUCUAUUUUUUACUUUUGGCAUGAACAGGGAUUCGUUUUGAAUACUAUUACGUAAGUACAUGUUUGUAGUUAGCAUGGAGCCAUAGACUCAUUUGCCAUCUGCGCUUGCUGUUUCAUAUGGUUUUAUCAAUAGUAAAGCUUUUGGAAUUACAA